AUGUCAGGAACAGCUUCUCCCCGCAGCGGUCGACCGCUGACAACAUCGUAUGUGGAUUUGAUGAAGCCUGACGAGGACUGGAGGAAUUUGCCCGAUGCAGCUGAGAGGAGGAAAAUUCAGAACCGUCUUGCCCAACGAGCAUAUAGGAGAAAUAUGAGAGAUCGAACCAAGGAAGUAGAAAGGUUGAAAAAGCAAUUGCAGCAGCUUCAGCAGUCUAUUAGUUCAGAUCCCUCAACUACGCCACCACCCGAGCAUGAGCUUCCUUCCGGUGGGAGAAGUCCAUCCAGCCUAGGAGAUAUUCACGCUCACAAUGCCGACGCGGUGACAUCGGCGACGACACCCAAUGGCUCCCGGCGGAUGAGCGAUUACUUACAGUCCUGGCCUCACGCCUCAGGUACGGAACAGCUGAGCGGACUGGGUCUCACGACGGAUGGGGAAAAUCCGCUAGGGUUCGACGCGGCAUCUUAUUUCUCCCAAGUCCACGGUUCUAACGAUGUCGUGUCGGAUUUACCUACAACGGGAAGACGAACGCGUGCUGUCACAACUAAUAUUUCCUCCGCGCCCAUACAGCACCAGCAUCAUCUUAGGAGCCACAGUAUACCCCCCAUCUACUCAUCUAAUUGCGCCAGUCCUAUGCCAUGGGGACAAGGAACCGCAACAGAUAGUGGUGAUGGACUUCGCGUAUCGACAAGUUUUAACGUUUAUAACAACCCAGAAGAGAUGUCCAUGUAUCACACGGAAUCAGCGUAUCCUCUCGACGACGGCGUUGCGCACAGCGCCAAUGCAUACGCGACAUCUCCUGAGUCGGAUCUUAAUAGUCCUGCGGGCUGGUCACCGCUAGACCGAAAGUCGGGCCAUGCCGGGCGACCUAGCACCUCAUCUCUAGCGUCUGCAUUCUUGACGUCCGCUAGCAGCGUUGUGGAUAGCAUGACGGAUAUACAACAUCAGAACUCACCCUUUCCGGAGACUACGGCACCAUUACUACACUUCGCCGUCGCAGGCGGUCAUAUCGACACGUUACGGCUUCUCCUCCAGCGCUACGAUGUUAACAUCAACAGCCGCGAUAGCGCGGGUUAUACGGCAUUACAGCGCGCCGUUAUGGCUGGGCGUACUGAUAUGGCAGCCCUACUUCUCGAGCGCGGCGCCAUCGUCGACGGCGAUGAUAGUUGGGCCGCAGAGCUUACAGGUCGGCAUUCCAAGAUCGAGGCCCAAUAA